UGUAGUUAAGAAAACAGCACCCUCUACUGCGUACAGAGCCCAAACCUGAACCUGCAGCAGAUCAUAUUUCUAAACACCUCUCUCAGGAGAGGUUACUCGUUAGUCUGCUUCAGGAAGGACAAGGGUGGAACCUGGACGAGAGCAAAAAAAUGAUUGUGUUCAACAGAUUUAAGAUGGCUCUUGCUGUGUGUGUGCUCACCCUGCUUUUUUACAUGAUACUUUAUAAUAAUCAUGAAGAGCAAACCAAAGAAUUUCCUGCUACGCAAGAACAGAGGCUGAUGCCAUGGAGUCAUUCUCCCUCAGCUGGUCCAUGUACCUGUCCUGAUGGUUCAGUGCUCCUCAAAGAGCACAUCCCCAAGGAUCAGUAUGAGGACUUGGUGCAACGACGAGCAAAGGAGCUCCAACAAUACAAAGCCAGGAAUGGAGGAUCGGAAUUGGCACGACAGCUGCUUGCUAUGCCUAACUCUCCUUUGCAGUAUCCUAUCCAAGGUUUUACAGUACGACCUUUGACAUCCACUUACAUACCAGGUUUAGCUCUGCAUGCAGGACAAAGAAGCAGUUACAAGAUCUCCUUGAAUGUGUCCAAAGGCAUCCUGACCACAGAGGUUCCUGCUGAAGAAGUAACAAUCAAAGGUAAUGGUGAAACAAUGUUGAUUAUGGAGUCCAGCAGCCUGGCGACCCUCAACGGCCUGCUGGCUAAAGUGUCCUAUACCAGCACUGUCUACCACAUACAUACUGGAGACCUUGCAUCCUUCCAGUUUGAGAACCAUGAAGCUGUGUUUCCCAUUACCAUCAAACAGCCUCACAUUCCGGUCCUUUAUGACAUGGGAUCAGAUAUCAACUCUCAUGUCACCAUCACGACAAAGACGUUCCUGCGCUACCCACAACUCAAAGUGUUGCUGAGCAGCAUCCGCCGUUUCUAUAGCAACAUAGAAGUCAUUGUUGCAGAUGACAGCUUUGAACCAGAGCACAUUACCGGCGAGCACAUACGACACUACAUCAUGCCUCCAGCACAGGGCUGGUUUGCUGGCAGAAAUCUGGCUGUCUCCCAGGUAACCACCAAGUACUUCCUGUGGGUGGAUGAUGACUUUGUGUUCACGGAGCACACAAAGAUAGAGAAACUGGUGGAGGUGAUGGAGGCUGUCCCUGAAUUGGAUGUGCUGGGCGGCUCAGUAGAAGGGAACCAGUUUUACUUCUCUCUUCACUAUGAGGAGGGAGAGGAAAUGGACGGUGGCUGCCUGAACAGGAAGUCCAAUGGCAAGUUCCACUCACUUCCUGGUUACCCAAAAUGCUCUCUGGCCAAUGGGGUGGUCAACUUCUUCCUGGCUCGUACCGAUGCGGUACAGAAGGUGGGGUUUGACCCUAAGCUCCAGAGGGUAGCACACUCAGAGUUCUUUAUGGAUGGCCUGGGCUCCUUGAUGGUUGCCAGCUGUGGCCACGUGUCCAUUGGCCAUCAGCCCAAAACAAACCAUGAAAAAGCCGAGGCUCGAUACGCCCAGUUCAGACACCCUGCAAAGAGUGACGAGGAGUUCAAACUGCAGCUUCACUUCUUCAAAAACCACCUCAAAUGUGUCCGAUAUGGAUAGAAGAGAACCAGAGGACCAAAGACUGCUGGUUGUAGUAACAUGGUGACUCAUGAAAAUGAUGGUAUUUUCAUACUGUCCUACACUUAUUCCAAUUCAAUUAUUUUAUUAUAAUAAAUUAUUUUAUUAUAAUAAAUAUCCAUCUGUUCAUUUUUUAUACCACUUAUGUAGUAUAAGGGGUGAAAAGAAAGGUAUAAUAAAUAUCUUUUAUAUGAUUUAAAAAUAAUAAUGAUAAAGACCACAGAAGCCUAGUUACAUAGUUACAUGAAGUUUUACAAUAGUUACAGCAUUCAGGCCUGCUCGUAUUGGAAUUUACAGUAACGAAACGAAACAAACUAUUUAUUCUUUCUUAUUAUUUUUGAUUAGCUUUCACUCAUAGAACUGACAUUACAGACUGAUUCCAAGUUGUUUAUGCUGUCCACUUUUAUGCCUUUUACCUGUUUCUGUACUGACUGUAAAGCAGCUGGAGUUGCUUCUGUGUAUAAAAUGUGCCAUCUAAAUAAACUUGCCUAAUGUUGA